AUGUUCCUACUUACAAGAUGGCAAAAAGAUAUCAACAAAAAAUUGCACCUACAUACUUUAGUUAAAUUGACUUCGAUCGUCUCCUGGACCUCUGCACAAUAUCAAAGGACAUCAGGUCACCAAGACCACAGCGGGCAUGGGUGGGACAUAAGACUGGCAGUCCCGGGAGAACCAGGUAGUGACUAUCCAACCCUUGGUUCUAUACCUAGAACAUCAUUUUCCUGCGCUGGAAAACCACCAGGAUAUUAUGCAGAUUUAGAAACGAGUUGCCAAGUCUUCAGGGUGUGUACAUUAGGCUCAACUUACGGCUUUCAAUCGUUCCUCUGUCCCAACGGCACACUAUUUAAUCAAGCCGUAUUUGUCUGUGAUUGGUGGAUGAACGUAAACUGUAAAGCAUCACCAGAACUAUUUGACAAUAACAAUGAUAAAUUUGGCAGCCUCAGAUUAGGACCACAGCUAAUGAAGGACGUCAAGAAGAUGUUAACACAUCCCAUGCGUAAUCCUUACGAUAAAACUACAAUGAAAAGUAACCUCAUUGUAAUGCAAGACUACAGGCCUCCUUCAGGACAACUUUUUCCCAAUGAAGCAUUAAUUGCUGGACCAGAAAGGGCCCCUAACAAUGUAUAUAUUCCUGCUAAGCAAGUACAAUCACCUAAUCAACAAUAUUUUAAUGGAAAUGACAUUGAAUAUGCGUCAUCAACUCCUGACCCGCGUUAUUUACCUGCUGCUUUUAACUCAAUACAGCAAUCAACUGUAAAAGAUGCUGAAGUAUUCCAAAGACAAAGACAAAAUGGUCAAUACUAUCAAAACAACAGAUUACAAAGUUCACCAAUACGCCAACAAGGAAUGAAUCCAUCUAACACUCACACUGGACAAUUUUCCCUUAAUAAUCAUAAUGCAAACUUACAAUUUACUCGUCCUGCGCAGAAUUUUGGGAACACAAAUUUACAUUAUGGACAAAUUAGUAACACAAGACCGACUCAAACGACAAUAUCAUAUACCACAAAUUCACAAAAUGGACAGCAUAUUCAACCAUUGUCUCAAUACAGGAACAACGGUUAUCCCUCUAGAUUAGUCAAUGGGAAACACUCAGAGUUAAGUAUUUCCUACAACAAACAACAAUACAAUGCAAAACAACAGCAAGAGAAAGAUGCAUACAUAUACAGACAACCACAAUUGCAGUUCUCUAGUGAAAUAGAUAACAAGGCCGGAAAUGGAGCUAAACAAAAUUUGGUAAGUGCAAAUGAUGUUCCUUCUACAGUAAUAACAAAAACACUGACUUUGAAAAGAGUUAUACAAGAUCCAAAACGUGGCAGUCCUAAAUCACGAAUUACAGUAAAAACGUGGAUUGUUAAGCCCUCAAAAUCGGCUAAAUUAAUUAACCCUACUCCAUAUACCUAUGAUAAACCUACCCAACCACCUACACAAAGACUACUAGACACUACUCCUUAUGUCUACAAUAGACCAAGAACAACUGAACCUGAAAGGAUCGUCGCCGAUCUAGAAGAACCCUAUAUUUAUAAUAAACCAACAACUACAAAACAGACUCCAAUUUCUUCCAGAGUUCCUACUCUUACCUUGUCAACAUCAACCACUCCUCAGCCCACUCUAUCUCGUUUGUAUCUUUCACCAACUACAAUACCACCUACUCAAGCUUCCCGGCUUUAUCUGGCUCCAACUACAUAUAACCCAUCUUCUAGAAUAUACUUGCCACCCGAUGACAAUUCAAUAAUUUUAUCCAGGCAAUACUUAGCACCAUUGCAAACAAACGACCAGCUAAGAGCGUCACCAACAACACCAUCACCGACUUAUGUAUUUCCUAAUAUUAAACAAUCUUUCUCUCGUAUUCAAGACGCUUCUGUUAAUGUUGAUCGUAAUAAUUUAUCAUUUACAGAUAUAUUAACAAAAGAAAAACUUGAUUUAACUGUAGAUGAUAUCGUUAAAGAUACUAGUAAAUAUUUAGGUACGGCAAGUCCUGAACAUUUUGAACGGUUACAGGAUUUGAAUUCAGUUGAUUAUCCUGAAGAAAACUAUUUGCCACCUGCAACAAAAAGUGACAGUAGGGAAAGUUUAACAUCAGUCUCUCCUUCGUCAACACCUAUUUCUCAAAAUGCUCGAUUAGUCUCUAGUCCUUCCACAGAACUUGAGCCACCAGAAGAAAUUUAUGACAGUAAUGAAAACCAAAACUCUAAUCGAAUUUCAAGUUUACCAUUUUUGAAAGAAUCCUUUUCGCCAACAAACACCAUUGAAAGAACUGUUUCCCUAAAAAUAUCGAUACCGGAGAAAAUUGCAACUUAUCUUUUUAAAAAACAUAACGAAAGUGAUUUUGAUAAGCUAGAAAUACUAAACACAGGAAGUAGUAACUACUUAGUACUAACAAACAAUAAUAUUAAGAAAAACUCACAUACAAACUUCAUCCCAAUAGGCAAAUUAAUCUCUGAUAAACAGUCAAAUAUUUCUAAUUCACAGAAUCUAGUGUUUUCUCUGCUGGCUGACUCUAUCAACGUAGCUAAAGGCUAUAACAACGCCCAGAAAGACACCAUUGCAUCAUCUCCAGCACAGUCACAUUUUCAAAAUAUAAACAAUGAGGAAUUGGCUCAAAUCACCAACCAAAUAUCACAACUUACAUCAUCACAAUACUCGGUUAAUAAUAAUCAGGGUGGACACAAAAGUGCACAAAUUGCUUCAACGACUCGCAACACUUUCGAUAAUGGGAAAAACCAACACAGAGGUUCAACACAAAAUCAAUACUCACAGAAACAAGUAGAACAGAUACAAACAGAUCAAUAUAAUUCCAAUCCUUCGAGAGAACUUAACCAAUAUGAAUUACAAUUAUCACGAUAUCAAACUGGAAAUCAAGCCAACCUGCAAAGUAACACAAAGCAACUUUACAGUGGACAACUAUAUCAACUUCCCGUACCAGACGUUACCAAACAAGUUUACAACCAAAAUGUUAACUCUGUACAAAAUAAUCGAGGCAAACCUAAUGCGGAUGUAGAAAUAAUCAAAUCAGAAUCUGUACCCGUACCGCCAGCUUCUGCUAGGUUGGAAGCAUCACCUACCAGUGAACUUGAUCAUUUUAACAGUAAAGAAAACUUUAGCAAACUUAUUAACAGUAACAAUGGUAUAUCGGCUCAAUUACAGGAUAAAAUUGUGGGCAUAAUACCACAUCCAUUGGAAGACAAUAAAGUUGUAACUUAUAAAAAAGACGAAUCAUAUUAUGUGUAUACUAAGUUAGAUAACUCAUUUGGACGAAAUUUUCAAAGUAAUGGUAACAAUGUUCUAAGCAAUAAUGUCGGUCAGCAACAGAGUGCAAGAUUAAUUCAAGGGAAUAACUUACCAAAUGUUGUUGCAUUUCAAUUUAUUCCUUCAGUAAGUUAUCAAUUAGAAGAUGAGAGAGAACAGCAAAAGCUGUUAAAUGCUUUCCACAUAGACGAAAAUGGAAUUCCAAAACAAAAGAGUAAUUUGGUAUACAACUCAAAUCAGCCUUUUCUUACGAGUAAUGUUAACUAUUCAGUAGACCACACAAUUCCAACGAAAGAAGCAAACAGACAACAUGGUGAUGUAAGUAACUUAUAUGCUGGUCCUUCUUCAUAUUCAGCUCCUCAAUCGUCAGUUGGAAGGUUAGUAAGCAAACAAAACAUGAAUUCCAAAUUAGAACUGGAAAACAAUAGUAACGGUUAUUCUCGAACAAUUCCAUCACGACAUUUUACAUUUUAAUAGUUUUCAAUUUAAUUUAAGUAGUAAGUAGAUACUUAGGUAAGAAUUUUUAUUAUAAAAUAAAUUGUCUUAUUGACAAUUUUACUGUAGAUACAUUGUUGUCUAAGAUCAAUACUAGCUCAAGUAUAUUGAUAAUUAAAUAUGUAGAUUUUAUUAUUUUGCACCUGUUCUUUGAGUUAACUGUAAAUAAACUACUCGCCUGACCGGGAAGAAAAGAAAAACAUAUAAAGAACCAGUUCUUAUUGCAGUGCAGAUAGUAAAAGCAUAUUAAAAAAAAUAGGCAGUUUUUGUAACUAGGGAUAAUGAGAGGACAGUCACAAUUGUCAACAAAACCUUAUAUCUUAAAUAAUGAAAAUAAUCUGACAAAAGCAUAGUUAUCAUAUUUGAUGUGAAACUAAUUACUGGUUUUUAACAGUAUUAAAGUGUGAAUUACCAAUUAUUUGACUCCUAUGUUUAUAGUCAUAUUGAUAAGGUACCUACCUGUUUCAUGAACCACUGUUAAGUCUAUAACUGCUAAAGUUUGUGUAAGUAACACAUAAAUUAGGUAUCAAUUGUGAUACGGAUAGUAUAAAGUUAUAUUCUAGUUAUAUUAAAUUUGUUGAUGAAGAACUGAUUUAUUAAUAAAAUAUUAGUAUGUUUAUCUUAACAAAGAGAUGAGGUUUUCAAAUGCAUAAAGCCUCCUAACUCUAAAAUAAAAACAGGAACUGAUGAACGUAUUACAAUAUUGUACUAUCUGCCAAAUAAAAUAUUAUA